CCCUGUGAAAGGGCCCUCGGCCCUGGGGUCCCGACCCACUUGUUGAGAACCUGUUCUAGGGUCUUCUCAGCCCCGUCCCUGCCGUCGCCUCUGGCUCGCCCCUCGGCAGGGAUCCCCUCAGUCCCGAGUCUUCCAUUGGCCUCUCCCGCCCUGCCCUCGGCCCUCCCCUGCCACUGUCCUCAGGCUUCCUUGGCCCCUUGUCUCCCCAGUAACCAGAUCACAACAGUGAGCGCGGACCAGUUCGGACAGGUCAGGCACUCGAGCAGGUAGAGCCGAGACCUCGCCCUCGCCCCCAGCCGGCUGCUCGGAGGUGCGGAGAGGCGGCCCGGGCACCGAGUCAGAGUCAAGCGGCGGGACCCAGACUGUGUGUUUGGGAGCGCCGCCUCCGUGGCCACGAUGCGUUUGGGCCUGUCAACCAGGAGCGCCCGCUUCGAAGAAGGAAGCGAGGUCUUCCUGGAGGGACCCGUGGACUGGGAGCUCACCCGCCUGCAAAGACAAUGCAAGGUGAUGGAGGGGGAACGACGGACAUACAGCAAGGAGGUUCACCAGCGCAUCAGCAAGCAACUGGAGGAGAUUCGGCAACUGGAGGUGUUGCGAGCCAAGCUCCAGAUGCAGAUCAGCGUGGCGCAGAGCCAGGUCAAGCGACUGAAAGACAGCCAGCGUUUGGAGGACAUGGACCGUCUACUCAAGUGCAGGGCUCAGGUGCAGGCGGAAACAGAGGCGCUGCAGGAGCAGACCCGGGCACUGGACAAGCAGAUCCAGGAGUGGGAGAACCACAUCCUCACCCAGAGCAAGAAAGCCUCGACUCCUGGUGUCAUCUUGAAUCAGAAGAUGAAGAUUCAGAGAAGGAUCCAGAUUCUAGAAGACCAGCUGGACAGGGUCACCUGUCACUUUGACAUCCAGCUGGUGAGGAAUGCGGCCCUGCGGGAGGAGCUGGACUUGCUGCGCAUAGAGAGGGGUCGGUACCUGAACAUGGACCGCAAGCUGAAGAAGGAGAUCCACUUGCUUCGGGAGACAGUCGGAGCUCUCAGCGCAUCCUCUACCUCUGCUUACACCGCCAGGGAAGAGGCCAAGACCAAGAUGGGCCUGCUGCGGGAGCGUGCAGAGAAGGAGGUGACUCAGAGUGAGACAGAAGCACAGAUCUUGCAGCGACAGAUCUCACAUCUGGAACAGCUACACCGAUUCCUCAAGCUCAAGAACCAUGACAGACAGCCAGAUCCUGACAUUGUGCAGAAGCAAGAGCAGCGAGCCUGGGAGGUGGCAGAAGGACUCCGAAAGACCUCCCAAGAGAAACUAGUAUUGCGUUAUGAGGACGCUCUGAACAAACUGGCCCAGCUGACUGGCGAGAGCGAUCCUGACCUGUUGGUGGAGAAAUACCUGGAGCUGGAGGAACGCAACUUUGCUGAGUUUAACUUCAUCAAUGAGCAGAACUCAGAGCUAUACCACCUUCAGGAAGAGAUUAAAGAGAUGCAGGAGGCUUUAGUGAGUGAGCGUGCCAGUCAGGACACCCAGCACCUGCAGCAGGAGCAGCAGUGCCGAACGUUACAGCAGGAAGUGGACACGGUGUGCUCUGAGUCCCAGCGGCUGGAGGCACGCCUUCAGGCUCUCCGAGCUCAGCUGGAAAAGCUCAAGGCUGAUAUCCAGCUUCUCUUCGAAAAGGCCCAGUGUGACAGCAGUGUCAUCAAGGAUCUCCUUGGGGUCAAGACCCACUUGCGGGAUAGGGACAUGCGUCUCUUCUUGAGCACCAUCGAGAAGCGUCUGGUGCAGCUCCUCACAGUGCAGGCUUUCCUUGAGGUCCAGAACCAUACCCCUUUGGCUGAAGUUGCCCUUCUGGCGCUGGGCCAGAGCCAAGAGGACCCUCCAAAGAAGACCACUCCACUUCAGCCUCCGGACACCAUGGAGGACCCCCCAGGUUUUGUGGUCAAAGAGGAUUAUCCUAUGAGCAAGGAGGAGCUGCUGAAUCAAGUAGUGAAGUCGGUGGAGCUCCAGGACCUCCAGCAGCAGGAGGAGGCCGCCAGGAAGCUGGAAAGCAGCCCGAGCUUGGCCUUCUCCAGUACUCAGAUCUCCCUGUCCGUCCCCACCCUGGGGACCCCCAAGAGGACCAGCGUAGUCCCUGAGUCCAUUCUGAGCCACAAGACAAGCCGAGGCCGUGGCGCCGGCUCCAUAAGCCACGUCACCUUUGGUGACUCUGGCUCAGCCGCAGGUCCCAUGACCUUGGCUUCUGUCAGUGCUAGUGCAGCACUGGCGUCCAGUCGGGGCUCUGUGGCGGGCCGUGGGGCCUUCAAACACACCAGCUCCAGCAGCUACCUGGGCUCCACUGGCUACAUGGAGACCAGCCGCGGUCAGGAGAGCACAGGAGGCGGCGUGCAGAGCCAAAGCAUGGGAUCGGAGUUGAGUAGAGGCCACGGCUCCAGCAGCGGCCCCGGAUCCAGGCCCAGCUCCUCUACCAGCAAGGACUCGAGGGGCUACAACUAGGCCUGCAGGCCUCCCUGCCCAAGCCCUUGGCAGGUUCUCUAGCCUUAGUCUCCCUCCUCCCCAAACUCCGCCCCUCUCCGCCCAGGCCUCUUGAGUUCCCCAUCUCUUCCCACCUCCUGCUUGUUGUUAGUUCCUCUGCCUUGGCUUUGACUCUGUGUCCCUCUUCCUCCGUGCUCCCCAGCAUCCCUGCAUCUGAGGUCUCUGUCUCCUUACUGGACCCCUCUCCGUUGCCUAGGUGAACUGUAACAAUAGGAAAUAAAGGUCAGAGCCCAGCUUU